ACACCGCAGCAAACCCAGCCCGCAUGACGACUUCCCAACGGUGCGCAUGAUGGCGGACCUCUCCGCGGCCACCCUCAGGAGGCGCAGGGAAUACCAGAACGUUACCACGGAGCUGAGAAGCCGGGGGAUUAGGUACCGAUGGGGCUUCCCCACCAAGAUAAUUGUUACACGAAAUGGAGACACUACCAUCAUAACUAGCCCAGAAGAGGGCAUGAAGAAGCUGGAAAACUGGGGCCCAAAAAACCCUGGGCCUGGGACAACUCGCCGUCCCCCUAAGCAGGGGCGCAAACCACAAGAGGACUAA